GAUUGUUGAAAAUGGAUUGUUCUCUACUCUGUGUGUUAGAACAAGUACUUUAGGAACCAUUGGCCAUCGCUUGUGUACAAUAACAUGAUCAAUAUGAGGAAGAUGUUGAAGCAACCGUGGCCUCUUUCAGUGUCUGUUACCUUCUUUUGCAGCUUAUGCUUCUGGUUUCAGGUGUCCAUGACACAAAAUUAUACGACCGAUCCAUCUGAAGUGAGGGCGUUGAACUCAAUAUUCAAGCAAUGGGACACGCAAGCCGUGCCGGGGCUGUGGAAUAUCAGUGGAGAGCCAUGCAGUGGAUCUGCCAUUAAUGGAACCGACUUUGAGGAUCCAGCUAAUAAUCCAGCCAAUAAUCCAGGCAUCAUUUGUGAUUGUACUUAUGAAAAAAAUACUACCUGCCACAUCACCCAACUGAGAGUUUAUGCUCUGAACAAACGAGGGGUGUUUCCAGAAGAAUUUGUGGCUUUAAGAUAUCUGACCUAUUUGUAUGAAGUU